CAAAUUUCCAAGAUUUAAACAUGCACCAGUACAAUUUUGUGAGCCCACAUCAACCGAUGCUCACCUCGCCCCAGGUAGUCUCUGAAACAGUAUGGAGUCAACCAGAUGUUCAAGAAAUUCCUUGUCCCCCUACAGCAUCCAAGAAGGGGAAGGACAAGAAGGUAUCUAGGAGGGAUUCGAACUUUACAACAGAAGAAGAUGAAGUGAUAUGCUCGGCGUGGUUGAAUGUGACCACAGAUGCUGCAAUUGGAUGCAAUCAAACCGAAGGAGGUUUCUACAAGCGCAUACAUACCUAUUUCAAGCAGAACAAACCGCAAGGAAGUGAACACAACCAGAUUGCCAUUCAAGGUAGAUUGCCAAUCUGGAUAGAUACCAUCAGCUAG